UCAAGCUACCCACUGCUAUGGCUUGAUCGUUCAAUGUUUUACUGACAAUAAUGUCCGGGGCCUUCGAGUUAGCAGCUGGCGCUUUCGCAGUUGUUGGAGUAGCCGACGUCGUUAUACGGACAGGCCGUGAUCUCUACAGCUUCCUCCAUGACAUCGCAGACGCGCCGGAGAAUAUCAGCAAACUCUCCGAACGUAUCAACGAAACCGCCAUCCUGGCUGGAGCUGCAAGGCAGUGCUUUCAAAAGUUGGACCACCAUGCCAAACCACUCAAUGGACCAACCGCAUCGAUUGAAUCAGCCUUGAAAGCCUUGAAACGUGAACUUGAGAGCCUUGGGAAACUACUUGCGAAACAAAAAGGCUCACACAAGACAUGGAGUAAGAUCAAAUACGCCCUGGAUGAGCGCAAAAUCGAUAAGGCUUUGGAGAGUCUGGAGCGCUCGAAGACACUCCUUGCCAACGCGUUGAUACUUGCCGGCAGAGAACUAUCUGCCCUUGAUCAUCAUGAGACUGUCAGCCACGUUCGGCAAGGGUUCCAAAAGGUCGGUCUCGACUUGGGCAAUAUUGUUCAUACCAUGACGACGACCCUUGAUAGCCACCAGCAAGCAUUAGUCUCCACACUCGACAACCACCAUAGCCAGAGACAAGCAACUCAAAACGUGCAUAACCAGGCUCUUACCUCGAGGCUUGAUGAUCAUCACCGAAAGGUUUUAGCCACACACGAUGUUCAGCACCAAGCACUUGCUUCCAAGCUCGAAGUCAAUGGCCGGCGGAUUUCAUCGAUUCGACAAUCACAAGCCAACAUUUCAUGUGGUCAGAAUUUGUUAGUUCGAACCUCGAAACAGAACGCCAAACGAACAGCUGUCGUAUCGAAACAGGUAGAUCGGGGAAAUCGAGCUUCGAUGAGGAACCACCACAAGACCCAAAGCGCCAUUACAAACCUGACUACCAAAGUUGAGAAGCUCCAUAUCUCGCUCACCAAGAACUCUGUGACAGCAACAAAGAGUGGUCGAGAGAUCCAUUUCGUUGGUGAAAGAAGUGACAAGAUCAUGGCUUAUCUCUAUACUGUCCAAGAACAACUCGAGGCAGUCUUCGACGAUCUGUUCUCGAAAGCACAACACGUACGUUGGCUGGAGCCUGAAUUGCAGAGUCUUUUAGGUUCUGCUGCUCAGGAAGAAGCGGCUCGUUACCCGCACUCAACUGCCACUCCAUUCGAUCAGUGGUCAUAUUCCGGAGAUGUUAUCAAAGCUUCGAAUAACCCAAGAAAACGGAACGCGACCAACACACCAGACUACGAUGACUCAAAUGAGCUGGGGAGCGAAAUGAAUGAACGAUCGAGGCCGCGCAAGUCGUCCAAGCGAACUCAAACAGCGUUGUCUUUCAACACGCCGUCUGGUGUUCUAAGCUUGCUUGUUCCACAACGCUCAGACAAGAACAAAAACAUGCAAGACACGGAAGAAGUCAGCAUCUCGUUCGAAAGCAAUCUCCCUCAACGGGUUUCAGUUAUUAACAUUCACUUCCUUCGGACCUUGGACCAUCGAAUGUGCCCAACAAUAUGCGCACAACUGAACGUUUUCACUGUGACAUCCGGUAGUCACAGGAUUUUUUCUGAACUCUUUUGCAGUGGAUCCAUAGAGGAUAUCGAUACUGCCCUCCGAGAAGGGAAAAUAUCUCCUUAUGUACUUGAUGAGGAAGGCGAUAAUCUCUGUCUAUAUUAUGCAGCAGUUGCCCGCCGGUUGGAAAUCCUCGAUUAUCUGGAGUGCCAGGGCAUCGGUAUCUCAAAUCUUCGCCAUGAUUACAGUCUACUCUCUGGUUUCGACCUUGAUUACACUGGAAGGAUAGACAACUUGAUUCUUGACUUCAUGAUCAAGAGGGUUUCAGAUCCUCCGACAUUUAUUUCGACCUUGGCUUUAUUAUUGAUAACGAAAUUACUAUUCUUCGCUCAAGAUUUACAACGGUCCAAUCUGAUAUGGUGUCUUAACCAGUUGCAGAAGCUUGGUCACAACUGCGCACGACACAUAAGGCUCUUUCAAAAUGGGACAUGGACUGUAGAGCUAUUUCCUGGUCUGUUGCGCCUAAUUUUGGAUGCGGGCGCAGCAAUCAAUCAUCUUGACACGUAUUCUAGUAAGACUGUGCUAGGGCAGCUUAUGUAUGUGUUUCGCGAUCGUAUCGACUCGGAGGAUCUCCAUUUACCAAAGACGCUCGAAGAAGUUCUAGCCAUCUCAAUCGAGGCAGGAGUUGACAUACAUCAUUGGGACUGUGAGGAUUGGACACCUUCAAUGCAAGCUCGAUAUUAUAACUGCUGGGAUGAGUGGUGUCGAGCGCUACUGCGAAAUGGCAAAGACAUUCAAGAAGUACUUCACCAAGAAGAGAACUCAUGGUUGUUGGAGGACGACUGGAAGCGGAUAUGGAAAGAGAAGGGCAUUUGAUAUUAUUGAGAGCGAAGACGGCUACUCGGAAGACGCUGACGAUGACGACGACGAAUAUGAGUCUGACAUCGAAGAGGUUACUAGCAAUCAAAAGACAACAUCGAACCCGACAACGCCCAUGGAAUCGAGUACCACUGUCCCAGUUCGGAGGUCGUCGAUAUGAACAACACCACGGAAGGGAAUGAUAGAGAAGAUAGUGAUUAAGAAUACGACGAAUCAUCUGGCUUUAGAAAAGAGGGAAAUUGAAAGUUGUGUGUAGGUCAAAGUUGAGGUUGUAAGGGUUCAAGAGGUUGCUUUCAUGAGGCGCAAAUGGCGAGAUGGUUUACAGGCGUUUUGAUUUUGGCUUGUAUGGUACACACGAUUUUGUCAUGAUAUGGCUGCGUAGGUCUAUUUGUCUUUUAUCGGAACUACAUAUGACCAUCAAUAAUGUUAAGAU